CUCAGGUACGUGUUCAUCACAAAGUCCCGGUUUACCUGGAUCUCCUGCUUCACUUGGCAUAAAGAAAAGUGUUUUUUAUCAAGAUGACAACGGGAAAAUUAUCAGUUUAUCUAAAUCAAGAAAAUCUAAUCAUUCUGAUGGGAGUAAGCUGAUUUCUGAUUCUAAAAGUAGAUUGAUUUUGGAUCUGUCCUCUUUGGGGCUUGUCAGCGUAUCUUCGGAUAUUGGGAGUCUCAGUCAUUUAAUUGAACUUUUUUUGUAUGACAAUAAAUUAACAUGUCUUCCUUCACAGAUCGGACUUUUAAAAAACCUUCAAAGAGAAAACUCUCUCACAUUUCUACCGGAUGAGCUCGGUCGCUGUUCAAAACUAACUCAUCUUGAUAUCAGACACAACAGACUUGAAGGUCCCACUCCUGUCGUGUUAACAAAGCUUAUCUACAUGAAACAACUGUACCUAACUUACAACAAAUUGACAGACAUUUCUGCUAUCGGUAAUCUAUGCUUUUUACAGACAUUGGUGGUGAAAAGUAACCAGCUACAAGGACCAAUUCCAGAUUGCAUUGGCAAUCUUACUCAGUUAAAAACUCUGGACCUUUCGAAGAAUCGUUUGACAAAAAUUACUGAAAAUAUAGGCAAUUGUAAAUUAUUAUCUCGUUUUCUUGUGGACUACAAUCAAAUUGUUGAAUUGCCAAAAUCAAUUGGUCAACUAUCAGAACUUAUGGUAUUAGGAAUUAAAUAUAAUUGCUUAAAGGAACUCCCAAUUGAAUUAUGCACUUGUGAAAAAUUGACUGAAUUAAAUAUUGAGGGUAAUCAUAUAGCUCAACUACCGGAAAAUUUAUUAUGUCAUUUAAAAGAUUCACAUUCUGUAGUACUGUCUCACAAUGAUUUCAAUUCUUUUCCAAUUGGUGAUAAAAUCCAGUAUAGAAAUAUCAAACAUUUCAGAUUGGAUUAUAACCAUUUAGAGUUAUUUGAAGCAAUGCAAAUGUCAGAAAAUACUCAAUUAACUACAUUAAACUUAGGCAACAAUAAUAUUAUCACUUUAGAUUUUACAGGAAUUGAAACAUUGAAAUAUCUUGUUGAAUUAGAUCUUUCCUAUAAUCAAAUUGAUCAUCUACCUGAUUCAAUUGGAGAGUUAGUAUCUCUGGAAGUAUUAGAUUUGACCAGUAAUCGCUUAGAGGCAUUACCUAAUAGAAUUGGAGAAUUGGUUAGAUUAGUACAAUUAGAAUUAGAAUCGAAUCAAAUCACAUCGAUUCCUUUAAAUAUUGGACAAUUAUGUCAAUUACAAAUACUUAAUUUAGAUGUGAACAAAUUAUCUCGACUUCCAUCAACUAUUGGAAACUUGAACAAUUUAAAGAAACUACGAGUGAAAGAAAACCUCCUUCAACGUUUACCACCUGAAAUCGGCAAACUAAAGAAUCUAACACAUUUGUAUUUAUCAAACAAUAAACCAUUAGAUUUACUUCCUAUUGAAUUAGGAAUGUUACCUUGUCUGCGAUAUCUAGGUAUUGAUGGUUGUAGUCUUAGACAAAUGCCUAUGAAUGUAACAAAAAAUGGAUCAGCAUCUGUUAUUAAAUAUUUACGCGAUCUGUUGUGUAUUCACAGUCGAAUAUGUCAAAACUCUACCACAUAACGAUCAAAUAUCUUAAGAAGUUAAAAAUCCAUGUGUGCGUUAAUUAUUCAUUUCUUAAUAAAUCUUUUAUUGUUUCUCAAUCUUAGUUUUAUUUUAUUUAUUCUUUAAAUCAUUUUGGUUUCAUUUUCUAACCAAUAAUAAAUAUAUAUUCAUCUUGAAUUGAUUAAAUAUUUUUUCAUUACGAUCAAUCAUUUCGUUUGAAAGUGAAAAUGGCCAUUACCAAUAUUUUCUUAUUCUUGUGUUUAAUUAAACAUAAUUCUAUUUCAUGGUUAUUUUAGCAUGUAUUUGUUGAGAAAGAGUACAAUUUUUUUUCUUAUUUUUAAGUAUAGUUGUUUAA